AUGUCGCUUGAUGACAGCGACAUUGAUCUAAAGCUGAUUUAUAACGAUUUAAAGGUUUCCAUGGAUGCUUCUAAAGAUCAUAUCUUAAAUCAUUCGAAAUGCUUGGGAUUUCUGCAGUUGCAUAUUGUCCAAUAUCUAAAGACAAGAGUGGGCAGGGCGUGGGCGUCCCGCAAGGCCUUGUUCGUCACAAAAGGAGCCCCAAAUCUUAAAAAAAUUCUCCACCGGGUCGAAAAAAUUUGCAAUUUAAGUACUUAUGCGGCCCUCACAGCAAAAACCAAAAUCACUCCAUGUCAUCAUCCACUUUCCAUCUACAUUUUAAAUGUCACUAGCAUUGUCAAGCUACAUGCUAUUGAGCAUUUGAAAUGUGAUGUAUAUCAUCUCCACCCUGACAUCAUCAUCAUUAUCACCAAGUCAUGGCUUAGGCCAGACCACCCUGAUGGUUUGAUCGCAAUAAAUGGCUACACACCAUUCAGAAAAGCAGGAGGCAUUGUCACUUAUUUGAAGACAUCCAUCUCAUCUCAAAUUCACAUCAUUUCGCCUCAUGCUAUCAAUGAUGCACCGGAAAUCCUUUGUCUCAAAUACAUUAUUGACAGUGAACCAUACUUCAUCUGCGCCAUCUAUCAUCCACCAAUUCAUCUAUUAUACGAAGUCUACACCCUAUAUUCUGGGUUCCCACUCACCAAAGUCACAACCUUGACAAAAUAUGGGAUUAAUUAUAGAAAUCGAAGUGGGCUUAUAGUACUACGACUUGGGCAGAACACCGUGGCCAAACUAGAUGAAUUUUUUUUAACUAAAUUUUUUAAUUAA